AUGGUCAUAACUCAAUUCAUACAAUCGCGAGGUUUUGAGUCCGAGACCUAUUGGGUGACCACAGAUGACGGAUAUAUCCUUCAAUUGUUUCGAAUCGUGAAUCCAUACAUAAGUGUGGAUCAGUUGAAGACAACUCCAGUGCUCUUAUGGCACGGGAUCUCAGACAGUGCUGAGGCCUGGCUUUUCAAUAGGAAAGGCUAUCUAAACACUGAUGGAGUCUAUAGUGAAGACAACGGCACUCUUGUCAAUAACUGUGACCAGAAUUUAACGUCUACUCUGGCCUUCACUUUAGCCGCUUGUGGUUGGGAUGUAUGGCUGGCUAACACCCGGGGUAACCAGUAUUCAGACAAACACAUUACACUCAAUACCACAGAUCCAAAAUUCUGGGACUACACCCUCACUGAACAGGCUAUCUAUGAUAUACCGGCAACUGUUGGCAAAAUACUUGAGUUAACAAAUAAAAAGAGACUCACAUACAUUGGCAUAUCAUUAGGAACCACACAAAUACAACUGACUACAGGCUUUGGUACUCCACGAGAGAUAUCUGAAUUUAUGGGGCAAUAUAUUUGCGGGAAUAUAGCCCUCAGAUAUAUAUGUGUUAUCUAUAAUGAUCUUCUCUAUGGAAAGGAUGACACAAACACUGAUUUAGAUAGGCAGGCCGUAUAUUUUGCCAAUACUAAUGACUACGUGUCCUCCCGUGUGUUCAUACAUUUGGCACAAUUUAUACUGACCAAUAGAUUUGCCAAAUUUGAUUUCGGGUUCACUGAGAACCUCAUCCGAUAUAAGACUUUCAGUCCACCCGACUAUCCUCUCCACGACAUUGAGUCCAAAGAUAUUAUUUUAGUCAACGAAAAAUCUUUCGACUCAUUCAUAAGUCUGGAUUUGCUUUCUAAGCUCAGAUUUGCCAAAUUUGAUUUCGGGUUCACUGAGAACCUCAUCCGAUAUAAGACUUUCAGUCCACCCGACUAUCCUCUCCACGACAUUGAGUCCAAAGAUAUAAUUUUAGUCAACGGUUUGAACGAUAUAUUGGCUGAUAUUUACGCGAAUUAA